AUGAUAGAAUUUCUUGGAAAAGCGAAGAAUGAGUGGCAGAGGAGUCAUGGGAGAUCGAUCACCUCAUACCGGUCACCCAUCGAAAUCCAACGACAAUCCCUUGUCUUCGAGGAUUUUGAGAUCACGACCAGUGAAACACAGUUCCCAUUUAGUUUUACUCUGCCAAUAAACAGUCUGCCUUCGGUUGAAGCUGAGAGUUAUGGUAGAUACGAUUCGACAAUGGAAAUCCAUUAUCGAAUCAAGAUCACCAUCGAUUUGGGUGGAUUUUUUGAUGACAAAUCAUCCUCGUUCGCAAACCUCUCCAAUUGGACAAGUUCCCAGAGUUUUCCGAUCGAUUAUUCACCCCCCGUGGCAGAGAGCAUCGUGGGGGAUGUUGGAUUUUGUCUUUGUGGAUCCACCGAAGUUCCAUUACAGUUGACCCUCCCACAACGAGGCUGGAUGAUCGGCAGUAUUCUCGAGGGAGAGCUCCUCAUCGACAAUGCCAGCAAUUCAACUUUUGAUCUGAUGAAAAUCGACCUAAACCAACACUUCGAUCUGGUGGCUUUCCCUUCAUACAGUGAAAUGACGAGCUUCCCGAUGGAUCAGCCAUUCAUUCAAACGAGAAGAAGUGAAGAACAGUCACAAAUUGAAAAAGCUGUCUUUUCAAAUACACUGGACAUUCAAGUGAAACCAAAAGUGACUGAAAAACUGAAAUUCGCCUUCAAGAUCCCAUGGAUUCCGUCAACUUUUCACUGUGCGAUUAUUCAAUUGAUGUACAAAUUGAAGGCUGGUGACCCUUUCUGCCUCAGACACUCUCUGUUCGACUAUCGACAUCCAAAUUGCUCUACUUAUUGGAAGCAGUGGGCA